AGUUCGAGAGUUGCAGCAUCGUUUGUGAUUUUAUUACAUGCUGUAUAUUUUAUGUCAAUUUGAGUUUGUUAGUUACAAGUUUGUUUACACAUAUGAUAGGACAAUUGUUUUUGAGAUAGUAAAAAUAAAACUGUAAAAGUCCAAAAAAUACCUCAGUUCUUCUAUAUAAUUCUCCACACUCAAUAUAAAAUGCCGACCGUGACAGGACAAUACGUGGAGAAUCCAUCAAGGUUGAAGAAAGAACGAGGUAUCUUGAGGAAAAUGUUUAAAAAAUUAUGUAACGAACUGGAACUGAAUGCCCAGCCGAUAGCAAAGCCUAGUAUACUGGCCCUCUUAACACAGAUUGAAGGUAAAGGGUCCAGAUUAUUCAUCAUUGAUGAGCAAAUCCAAAUGGUGACAACAGAUGAUGAAGAGUUCGAGAAGGAGUAUGAAGCGAAUGAAAAGUUUCGUGAGAAUUUGAUAAUGCAUAGGUCGAAGUGCGAGUUUGCCCUAGUAAAUAUACCGAAUCAAGAUAUAGGAAAUGCCAUUACAAUUGGAACAUCAAAUGUCAAGCGACAUUUCAAAUUGCCAAAAAUUCGACGGGGAUGUUCGAAAAUGGAUUGGAUUCUGGGGGCAAUUUCGAAAAAUCCAUGAAGACACUGAGCUUGAUAAUGAAGACAAAUUCCAAUAUUUAGUGCAGUCCAUGGAACCAGGUAGUGUAGCAAAAGCUUUAGUUGACAGUUUUCCCCCAUCUACAACCAACUACGAAAAAGCCGUUGAUCAACUGAAAGCCAGGUUUACACGAGACGAAUUUCUUAUAGAGGUUUACGUCAGGGAACUGUUGAAUUUGGUAUUGAAACAGGCCACCAAUAACAAAUCAGAAGAUUUUCUAAGAGCUUGGGAGAAACACAGGAGCAAUAUCAAAGCCAAUAAUUUGGGUUCUAGUACAGAUGAAUCUAUUAAUUAUUUAAAUACUUUAUUAAAUUUUCUCCGUUCCGAAGUGGAAAGUGAAGAACGCAUUAGCCUAGCCAAAACCAGUUUUGCUGUUGAAAAGGACACAAAGAAUUGGACGAAAAGUAAGCUAUGUACUGAGAAAAUUAAAUACACCGGAGGUGAGCCUAGUCUUUACACAACUGCCACAAUUUUUCCGACAGAAAAACAUGGUAAGAAAGUUCCAUUUUGUUUAUUUUGUGAAGGUAAAUCUCAUUCAAGACAAGAUUACAUCAAAGCUAGGUCAUUUUUUGUUAAAGAAAGAAAAGAAAUUGUUUUAAAAAAGAAAGUUUUUAAGGGGUGGGAAAAGUUAGGAAUAUUGAACAAAUACAUACUGAUAUACAGAAUAAAGGAGAACAUUAUAUUCCGCAUCAUUCAGUUAUGAAAGAUUCAAGUUUCACAACAAAAAUUAGACCUGUGUUUGAUGCAUCAUCUAAAGAUAAAAACGGAAAUUCUUUAAAUAGUUGUCUAAUGAAGGGACCAAACAUGAUUGAACUCAUUCCAAUAAUUCUUCUCAAAUUCAGACUUGGGAUGAUUGGAGUCAUUUCUGACAUCAAAAAGGCAUUUUUGCAAAUAAGUAUAGCUGAAGAAGAUAGAAAUAUGCUUAGAUUUUUCUGGUGGGAAGAUUCUUCAUUAAAAAUAAUGAAAGUUUAUCGCCACACUAGAGUAGUUUUUGGUAUAUCAUCAAGUCCAUUUUUGCUAGCAGCUACACUAUCUUAUAUCUUACCAUUUAAAAAUGUCUCCUGAAAAUUUAAAAGAGACAGCUUUGAAACUCAUGGACUUUUUUUAUAUAGAUAAUUGUGUAACUAGUGUCAAUACUAGAGAGGAAUCAGAAGCUAGAAUAUUGAUGUCAUCUGGUGAAUUUGAUUUAAGGGGAUGGGUUCACAAUGGCCCACAGAUUUUUCUAGAAAAUGAUGAAGAAUUACCCAUAAAAGGGAAGAUAACUUCAGUACUGGGGUUACAAUGGAAUUUCAAAAAUGAUACGUUGUCAUGCGAUGUCCAUGUAUUAAAUGAAUCAAUAAACAUUCCAACUACAAAGCGGGGUUUAUUAUCAGCAGCACAACGCAUCUUUGACCCAAUUGGGUUCACUUGCCGUGUAACUUUGGUUCCAAAGUUACUAUUACAAGAAACGUGGAAAUUAAAAAUAAAUUGGGAUUCUAAACCAUCUGAGGAAAUUAUUGAAAGUUUUAGAAAAUGACUCAAAGAAAUCCAAUUAAUGCAUUUCUGUAGCAUACCACGUGCCCUAUUCAAACUGAAUCAAUCCCAGCGAAAUGCUUUAUUGCAUAUUUUUUGUGAUGCAAGUAAGUUGGCGUAUGCCCCUUGCAUUUUUUUACGUAUAGAAGAAAAUGGAAACAUUCACAGUCAUCUAUUACAAGCUAAAUCGAGAAUAUAAAAAGUGGCUCUUUACCACGAUUGGAAUUAUUAGCAGCAUUGAUAGGAAAUAGGCUAUAUAUCAAUUCGUAAUUCAGGUUGAAUUCUUAUUUUUGGAGCGAUUCUACAGUUGUUCUCACAUGGAUGAAAACAAAGUCAAAUUGGACCACCUUUGUUAUAAAUCGAGUAAAUGAAAUAAGAGCAAGCACAAAUAUUAAUCAGUGGAAUCAUAUUCCGGGAGAUAUGAAUGCCGCUGAUCUCCCAUCCCGAGGAUGUAGUUGUAAGCGUCUAUUAGAAUCCAGAUGGUGGGAGGGUCCUGAGUGGCUCAAUAAAGAUAUGCAGUUUUGGCCAGCAUUAAAUCAACAAUUUUCGGAUGAAAAGGCAUAUGAGUAGUGCAGAAGAAAUAUAAUUUCACAAUUAGUUAGCCAAAACGAUGUGACUUCUGCUUCAUUCAAUUAUUUCUCAAGUAUUCGAUAAUAGUCAGAAUGGUUGCAUGGAUGAUUCGUUUCUCUGAAAGAUGUCGUAGAGUGAAAAUGCAUCAUGAUGAGUUGUUGAAUGAUGAAGUUUGUUAAGGCGGAAAUUUGUCUACCUAAAAUUAUUCAAAAUGAAAGUUUUGGAAGUACAACUACUGUAGAAAUACCCAAUAUCAAUGUUUUUAAGGAUGAAAGUGGAUUAAUUAGAGUAAAAACCAAACUUUAUUUUUCUGAAGAUGUCCAGUGUUCCAAGUUUCCUAUUAUUUUGCCUUACAAACAUAUCAUUGUAAGAAAAUUAAUUAAAUUAUUUCUCGUCAUUGUUGAGUGCAAGUGCUUCUACAAACAAUUCGUGAGAAAUUUUGGAUAAUUGGGGCUAGAGGAAUGGUCAAAGAUGUUAUUUCAAAGUGUGUUGUAUGCAAAAGGUACAGAGUCAAGUCAUUAGAAACUCCGUUUGCUCCACUUCCUAGGGAUAGAUUGAAAAUUUCCGCAGCUUUCGAGUUAACCGGUACAGAGAUUUUGCAGGACCUCUGUAUUUGAAAAAUGGUGAAAAGGCUUGGAUUUUUACUUGUUCCGUUUAUCGAGCAUGCCAUUUUGAAUUAGUGCAGUCUCUUUCAACUGAAGCUUUUCUACAGGCACUAAGACGAUUUAUUGCUAGGAGGGAAAGAGUAUUCCGAUAACGGAACCAAAUUCGUGGGAGCCAAUAACCAAAUGAAAAACUUAGAUUGGAAAGAAAUUUUGAAACACUCAUCAGUUCAACGAAUUACCUGGAAAUUCAACGUCCCUUCAGCACCCUGGUGGGGUGGAUGGUGGGAGCGUAUCGUGAGAAAAAUCAAGGAACUUUUGAGAAUAAAUCUAGGAAAGAAAACCGUCGAUUAUGAAGAACUUCUGACACUGCUUUAUUGUAAUUGCGAUUCGAUUAUAAAUUCAAGGCCACUCACAUACAUUUCGGACAAUACAGAUGAACUAAUUCCCGUAACACCGUCAUCUUUUCUACAGAGCAUCCCAACCUCAGAAGUACCAGAUUUAGAUCAAAUUGGAAGAACAAGCAUCAAGAAGAGAUUCCGAUAUUUGCAGAAAAUUCGAGAAAAUCUUCGUGAGAGAUUCAGGAAUAAAUAUCUGGCAAUGAAAAUGUAAUAAGUUGAAGAGAAUUAGUUGGCCGAUGGAAAGAAUAAUAGAAAUUUACCCUGGAAAGGACAAGAUUGCCAGAAUAGCUCGAAUCAAAUUAGCUACAGGUGAAUUAAUACGCCCGUUUCAACGAAUCUACCCACCAGAAAUUUCAAACUCUAAUGGAGAACCAGAAAUACUAGGCAAACUCGUAAAAUUGCCCAUUUCAAAUUCCAAAGUAACUCCGUAUGAAGACGAAAUAACCAAAGAAGAUCAUCCAAAUCAGGAAAGCAAACAAUCUUCAACUACAGGAGAAGAAAGGGUUUCAGAAAAAGCCGUCCCUGUGUGUACUAGGUCAGGACGAUUGGUCAAGAUUCCUGAUCGAUAUAUGAGUUAGCUGUUUUGCAAUUCAACAUUGCAAAAGGUGGGAGAAUGUUGGAGUUCGAGAGUUGCAGCAUCGUUUGUGAUUUUAUUACAUGCUGUAUUUUUUAUGUCAAUUUGAGUUUGUUAGUUACAAGUUUGUUUACACAUAUGAUAGGACAAUUGUUUUUGAGAUAGAAAAAUAAAACUGUAA